CGGCGUGCCUGGGGCGGGCUCCUUCCUCGCGGCAGCAAACCAAACGCACUUGCGCCCGUUGAGCCGGCCGGUGCAGAUCAGGAGACUUUAGAGACGUCGGUACUUGAGCUAGUGUUCCGUCGCGAGCAGAACAGCGCCAUGGAGACGGAGGAUGGACGCGAUCCUAUGUGGUGGCAGCCCCCUGAACCAAAGAAAACUGGACUACCGCCGUUUAGGCAGGCAUUUCCGAAGUCUACCGAAAUGUAUAUCGACUCGACAAAUAAUGAGGAGUGUUUCGAGCUUGUAAUGACAGAUCUACAGCCAAUGGUUCCUUAUCCUUACGGUAACUCCUACAGCGAAGAGUCCCUGGUCGUUCGUGAGAGUUUCCCUGUCGCCGACACUUAUUUGACCCCCCCGUUGACGCCGUGCUCGCCUGCUACCACUUCGACAGAGGGGUUCGACCCUCUUGCCGUCCACGAAGCAGACGCUGAGACUGGAGGCCUUGGGUUCGCCGAGUCUACUGCUCAGGUUGACUCUUCUGGGUCGAAGUCCGUGGGUAGCAAGCGCAAGCGAUCGACGGGCAACAGCACCACGCCCGCCCAACCCUCUAAAAGGGUGUAUCUGGGGAGGAAGUCUAAGGCUUCUCCUCCAGUUCGAGAGUGCGACCUUGAUAAACUAAGCAACAAGCCUUUCAAAUGCGACCACUGCGACAAGACUUUCAAGACGAAGGAAGAUUUGACGCGCCACGCCAGACUACACAACCCAAAGAUGAAGAAGCUGUGUCGAGUGUGUGGCGUAAAGCUGUCUGCUCAAAAACAAAACUUGAGCCGACACAUGAAGACUGUCCAUCAUAUGGACAACGACUGUCAGGAACUAACGGAUGAAGACUUGUUGUUGGGCAAAUGUGAUUUCACUGAUUGCAAUUAUAAAAAUAGUCGGGAGGAUAAAGUGAAAAAUCAUAUGAAAUCCAAACAUCCAAGUGUAUUGCCGAUUAAUUGUAACAGAACCUACGGCAACAGAAAUCCCCGACCCUGUAGAUUUAUUUGUUUCACGUUCGAAAAGCUGAAAGAACACAUAUUGGCACGGCACAGCGAUAGAUCAGAGGCAUCAGAGGAAUGAGCUGGUUCGUCAGCUGCGUUGUCAAAAAAAAAAAAAAAAACUAUUGUCUGUUAGUUAAAAUGGACUGAUUUGAUGAGCUGUUAUUUUUUAAAAUGAACAGUGUUUAAAAAUGUUUCUGUAUAAUUAAGUUUUAAUUAGCUUUGUAUGUAAAUAAGCUUAAUAGUUUUACAGUUAGUUUCUUAUGUCUUUUCCCAGGUAUUUAAGCCACCAAUAAAAAAUUGUAAAAAUUA